AUGUUAGCCGUUAGUUCGAUGAGUAGUAGUCGAGAAACUGCCACCACCAAGAGUUCGUCACUAAUACCGUCAACUUUCAUUUUGGCCAGAUCGAGUAGAUAUCACAAGUGUGCUUUGUUCAACGUGCUGCCGUCUGAUCUUACAAAUGAAAGUGCGUUUGCCGGUGAAAAGUGUAGAUUAUUUUAUGGAGAUGUAGUUCUUGAUGAAUAUAUUGAGAACGGCAGUAGUAUAUCACGGUAUAUUUUGAAAUUUGAGUGGAAUAGAGGUGGUAGUAGGAGGAGAAAUGUGUUCUGUCAUACUGAAGUUAUGGAUAAUGUCCAUAAAUGGAAUGAAACUAUUACUGAGUGGUCAUCGGAGAGGUUUAGGAUAAUGAUGCAAUGUUCGGAUGAUAGAUAUAUACUAUUAGAAUUACAAAUUUGUGAAACUAGCGAGGAUAGAAAAUUUAGAGACGUUCUAUGUAGGAUUAGUGAGGAGUUUGAAAUUUGGGCGGAGCUAAUGGACGAUUAG